AUAUUUUGUUUUCAGGUUAAUGUCAGAGACUUGCAUUAAGGUUUAUGUUUAUUAUUAUGCUUAAUUCUGAUGUGGUUGGAUGCUAGAAGACCUCCCUUUCAAGUUUUGAGUAGCCAAACUCUUUUUUCUUUUUUUUUCGACAGAGUUGACCAAGAUGCCCUAUUGGAUAAUAGUAUUAUCUCCUAAGAAGACCAUUUGUCAAUAGUGCAUGCAUCAAAGUUAUUUUUUUUCCUCCUAAUUACUUGCUAACAUAAGGUACAUAGAAGCAUACAAAAUGUGUUGUCUAAAUUUUAUGCUCAAGUCUUCCAAAACUUUCUCUUAUCCACCAGAUUUCCUUAAAAACUGAGUUUUAGAAGCUUGUUAAAUACUUGAAUAAAUAUUUUAUUUGUUUUGAAUCCACAUUCUUAUCCAGUGGGCUAGAUAGGAAGGAGUGGCGGUGGCGUAUUAUGGUAGAAGGUUAGUAUGGGUAGAGUGUUGUUUUGCCUUGCAAAGGUUUAGGCUUGUUAGUGCCUGUCGUGGUGCUAGUCGUACCCUUGUGUUUCGAUUAUCACACUUUUUUGUUGUUGUUAUUGUUCUUUCUUGUAGACUUUAUACUACUUUUCUUAUUAAUUGCUAUGCUUUCUUCAUUGUUUUUUCUCCUUCUUUUACUUGGGUUUGAUGCACUUGAGCCGAGGGUCUUUCGGAAACAACCUCUCUACCUCCACAAGUUUGGUCUCUGAGACAAUACCCUGCCAUCGAGAUUAUCGAGCAUCACUGCUGAGCAACAAAAUUUAUUUGAAAAAGAAAUUAUUAAAUGCUGUGGCUGAGCUUGAGGAAUUGAAGCCAAUAGUUCAACAGAAACUUGAGGAGCUUAACAGAAAAAGCAGAUAUCAAGUGAAUAAGGGGAACAAUCAUCAUCAAAAUAAUCUUGUAGGAUUCUCAGGGCAAUAUUCUCCUGCCAAUAAGCAAAGCUUUAAGGCUUGGGGGACAAAUAAGAUAGCGGCACCUGUUCGAGAAUUUGGGUCUCAAGUUCCAACAACCACACAGUUUUUACUUGUGAAGCCAGUAGAUGAGCAUAUCCGCCAUUCGUCACUUAAUAUUCCGCGUCCAAAGGAUGAAACUCUGAACAGACAUUCCAUUUUGGGUCCGAAUGGACUUCGAGGACAGUUUCAGCUUCCAGCUAGUGACAGAGGGGUGUCUUAUCCAAGUAAUGUUGACUUCACCCCUGUUCUGAUCCCCAGCCUCCUGAAGCCUCUGGAAAAUGAAUCUUCUGAUAAGAAGGAUAAAAUCAGUUCAGAAUGUGGAAAACCAUGUCAAGAAUUAACAUUACCAGUCAACAGUGACAAGCCAGUGCUGCGUCUUGAGGAACCUGCUUCAUUGAUUUCCUUUGAUGCAGAAGAAAGCCCUCUACAAUCAGAAAUCAUUAGACAACCUUCUCCUCCACCCGUUCUUGCGGAGGUACAAGAUUUGAUGCCAACCGCAGCAUGUCCAGUCGAAGAGGUGGAAUGUGGAUUGGUUAAAGCAUCACCUGAUGGUCUAAUCUGUUCUGAAGAUCCCCUGCAAUUGCACAUUUCAGCAUCUGUGAUGGAUACUUUCAUGAAGUUAGCAAAGUCCAAUACUAACAAAAAUCUUGAAACCUGUGGUGUUCUUGCUGGAUCACUAAAAAACCGAAAAUUUUAUGUGACAGCUCUGAUCAUUCCUAAGCAGGAAUCGACAUCAGAUUCGUGUCAAACUACAAAUGAGGAGGAAAUAUUUGAAGUUCAAGAUAAGCAAUCAUUGUUUCCUCUUGGGUGGAUUCAUACACAUCCAACGCAAUCAUGUUUCAUGUCAUCCAUUGAUGUUCACACCCAGUAUUCAUAUCAGAUCAUGUUGCCUGAAGCAAUUGCAAUUGUAAUGGCCCCAAGAGACAGUUCGAGAACUCAUGGAAUAUUCCGAUUGACAAAUCCGGGUGGUAUGACAGUUGUACGACAAUGUCCAAGGCGUGGUUUUCAUCCGCAUGACCCCCCUCCUGAUGGUAGCCCAAUUUACAAGCAUUGUACAGAUGUCUAUAUGGAUUCUAACUUGAAGUUUGAUGUCAUUGAUCUGCGAUGAUUCUGAUCAUUGAUUAAUGAUUGGAAAAUACAUCUUUCAUCCAUGGUGCUUGUUUGUUGUGCCUUUGCAAUGUUGGUUGGUCUACGAGAUUUAAUACAUAAUCUGUGAAUACUCAAUUUGAUAGUUGUUAUCGGGUAACUCUUACCUUUGAAGCUGCAGCUUGCAUGCAGUUAAAGGUUGUAAAAGGUUCAUGCCUGGCAUUCUUGCAGAUAUUAUAGAACUGCAUCGUUGCAUACGUAUAAUUAAGAACAAUCUGUGUAAAUAGAAAUUCCUUUUCAGGCAUCAUCGUGUGUAAACAUGCAAAAUGGUCAAAACUAUUUACGUCACAGCUGUUGUAAAUGUGCAUCAGUUGUCACAUGUACUUGGCGAAUACAGUUUUGUUGGCUCAGAAUA